CUUUUUCUUGUUUUUUUUUUUUCCUCUCUAGAGAUUAUAUUGGUCUUUCUUACUUCUCAUUUCGUCUCAUCUUUCAGCUUUUGUGGCAUUGAUACUGCUUAACCUACCUUUUUGCCUUGACACGCGCGCCCGCGCACACGCUUGUCUUUUCACUUCUCCCAACCCUUCAGAAGUUCGGACUGUAACAAAGCUUGCAUCGCGCCGCCCGCUUUAUCCUCCCCCUCCUCCUCCUCGCCUAAACUUGAAGGCUUGCGAACCAGCGAAACACAACCGCCUUUACAAGGAAAAGAUAAAAAGAAAGAAAAAUACGAAGAAAAAACCAAGCCCGACGCCCCCCGCCUUCUUGCGUAAAUCAUCAUUUCGAUUUUGGGCAUUGUUUUUGCUAUUUUUCUUCAGCUCUUGAAAAGCACAAUUUCAACCGUCGACUUUAAAGGGUUCGCUAGAGCAGAAACUCACCCAGGCGGCUUUUUCCCCCCUCUUCAGAGAGCGCAAAUUAGACAACAGCAGCAACAGCUAUAGCAACACCCCUUCUUCACACUUUCAACAAUGGCAUCCCUUACGAACAACCCGCAAGCAGCCGACAACAGCUCCACGGUCCUCAGCGACGAGGAGCUCGACCGUGACUGGAAGCCCAAUGGCCGCCGUCCGCACUCCACUAUUGCCCGUUCAUUCUCCGCUGAGCUGAUGGACAUCUUCCGCAUCGAGAACAGCCUGGCCGAUUUGGAUUCACAAGUCGACAAGCGAAAGCAAGAGCUUAGCAGCCGAACAACCGAACUGGAAUCCUUAGAGCAGCGCAUAAGGGAGAUGGAGGACCGCCUCCGUCAGCGCGGCAGCCCACCUAACAGCACCGGCCCCGCCGCCAACAGCGCCAGCCCGAGGCAUGUGCGGUCCCCCAUCAGCGGCGUGUUUGACGAGCCUACCCAGGGCGGCAACGACGGCGGUAACAAGCAGCAGGACGACGAUUCCAGGCGUCACGAGUCGAGGGCUGGGGACAAGUACGCCGGAUCCAGGCCCGGCACCGCCCGCGCUUCGAGGCAGGCUGUGCCCGGUGCCCUCCCGCCCACUCCAACCGAGUCAGAGGACGGUGACCGGGAGAGGGAUCACGUUUAAUUGUCUUUUUUUUUUUCAAAAAAAAAAAAGACAA